AAAAGAAUUAUUUUUAAACAAGAAAAUCCGCUGUUCUAACGGAACAUUCAGCAUACGUGAUAUACGUCCCUACAAUAUAGUAGCUUUCUAGUGGGAGGUUUCACGUAAUUUAAGUCAACCAGGUCAAAAUUUGCCUAAAUUGUAAAGGUUCUUUCAAUUCGCAAUGGAAUCGAAUAAAAAAAAUGCUGCACCUAAUUCACAGGGAAAUGAAGAAUCUCCUGCUAAUUCAAAACCCAGCUUAAAGGAUGCAGCUAAAGACCUAAAACCUCAAACAAUUCAUGGUCCUGGAGGAGUGCCUCUUAGCAAUCCACCAAGACCUUUUUCUCAUGGCGGAAGUGCUAAUAGCCACUUUAUGAAACUUCCUGAACAUAUUGACAUUGUAAAGCCAAAAGAGGAGAAUAAACACUGAUAGCAAAUAUGUUUACGUUACAAGCGAGCAAUAUACGAAUGGUAAUGUUGAAUAAAGGAGUUACUUUGCUAGUAACGGAAAGCGAAUAUGAGAAUGGGCAAACUACGAUUCUGUGAAUGAGAAUCCUGCGUACCUAAUCAGUUGGUGAAUAUUAUCCACCUAUUCUACGAGUUUUGAUGAACUAAUUAUAUGACGAAAUAAGAUUUUGUACAUCGCAAGUAGCGGUUGUUGAAUUUUUUUACAAUUCUUGCAGCCAGUUUGGUUGUUUGUUAGAAAAGUGAUUAAAUUCAUUAUGUAAUCAUCAAUAUUCAUAACAGUAAUAGCCGU